CAGACUCACCACCACCUCAUUGUAGAGAAUGGCGUCGGUGGCGAUGAGCACGGUGGGCGUCGGUCGCUACAUCCCACAGCUGCGCAAACUGACGCUGCACUACUGCCGCAACAGCCCCAGCAGCAUCGGCAUGCGAGAGUACAUUGAUCGCAACGUCGUCAAGCUCGCGCAGGACAACCCUGCCAUUGUCAUUCAAGUCCUCCAGCGCAAGGGCAAGCAUCCCUACAUUGAAGCCGACUUUUUGGCUGGCGCUUCCCGCACUGUCGGUGCUCGCAACCUGACGGCAAACGAAGUCGAGCAAUCCGUCGAACGCUUGCGAGGCCUGUUGGGCCGCAAGAACAUCCACCUCUUCAACCGCCAAAGCACACAAAACCCGUCCGUGCAGGGCACCUGGCAACCCUUCCUCAACCGCCUCGCCUUCCAGCCUUUGGAGGCGGUUGGUCGACUGGACCGCGUACGAACAUUUGCGCGCAACCCCCACACCAAGUCACAGAUGCCAUCACGUCUGCAGCGUGAUAUCAUGCUCGGCCAGGGCGAGGAGACUGAAAAGCUGCUCAUUGCAGAGCGUGCGGCCUACGACGCCGAUCCCAACCUCAUCAAGCGCCAAUACCCCGAGGGCGGUUUCGGUACCAUCACCUCCACAUUCUCAUCCGAUCGCCCACUGCGACGCACGCUUCCUGCAUACAUUGUCAAGGCCACUGGCAUGGAAUCACCUUCGCCAGUGCGCUCGCCCGCCCAAAUUCAAGAGCUGCUUGCCAAGGCCAGGGCAUCUGCAGGGUCUGCCAAGCCAGCAGCACCUGCAGCAGCAAAGCCUGCUGGCGGCGCAGAUCCCAAGAAGGCUCCGGCCAAGCCCCCAGCAGCUGGCAAGCGAUGAUGAGGUUUUGGGUUCUUGUUGGUGUGUUGUCUGUUUCUCAAUGUACACUUAUAUUUCCUUUCGGUCACUGUCGGCAAUGUAUUUGAAUGCACGAGACGCGCAUAGUGCGUCCCUGAAACAAACAAACAAACAAAAACCCAAACAGAG